CGGGGGUUGUCAAUGUGGUUAGACUGUCUCUAGUGUUUAUGGAGAAUAUUGAUGUGUCUCUCUAGUGGGGUCUCCGCGGCUUUCGUUUCCGGUUUGCUUGUCGGAGUCGCACCCGAUCUUUCUUUCACCCUCUCCUUGCGGCGGUUAGCUUGCUAUUUUCAAAAUAUCUCGAGAGGGCCUCUGUUUAAUACGGAUAAGCCUUAUAUUUACAGGACACUUCAAGUGGAAAUCGCCGACGAAGCCUGUUCAUACCAAUCAGCUUUACCCGACUGGGUGGCGGGGCUGUAUCCAAGCAAUGGAGGAAUUCUUUGACGCACACGCGUUUAUUCCAGGUGUCGCAGAAGGGGAUCUUCUUGGAAGCAAUGUCGCCCUCAGCUUUUGGGGAGGCGUUGAUCCCCAACGGGGUACAGUCAUCGACACUCAUCACCCGCUCGUGGGCGAAUCGGUGGCGGGCAAAGUCUUAGCAAUUCCAAGUGGAAGAGGCUCUUGCUCAGGCAGUGGAGUCGUACUUGAGCUCUUACUGAAUGGCAGUCAGCCUUCUGCACUGAUCUUCUCUCGGGAAGAAAUGAUUCUGACCAUAGGCGUCCUUAUCGCGGAAGAGAUGUUCCAGAAGAGCAUCCCAGUCCUACAGGUCUCAAGUUCAUCUUUUCAGAAGUUAUUACUGUCAGAGUAUGUACGAAUUUCGGGGACUCAAAUAUCGGGCGGAAAGAAGACUGUUGUCACUGCAGUCCCCAGCUAUUCAUUCGAUUCAUCUCUUUACCAGCCUGAUUUCUCCGCAAUUCAACUAUCCCCUUUGGACCGCGAACUACUCGACGGAUCUCACGGUAAAGCAGCCCAGGUGGCAAUGCGAGUGAUUCUCCGUACGGCAAAUAUGCAAGGUGUGACAGAGUUGAUCGAUGUCAAACAAGCCCACAUCGACUGCUGUAUCUACACCGGCCCCGCAACAUUGGAGUUCGCCCAGACACUCUGUCGAUGGGGAGCCAAAGUACGGAUACCCACAUCCCUCAACUCAAUUUCCAUUGAUAGGAGGCUGUGGCGCUCACAGGGAGUUGAUCCCUCAUUGGGCGAGCCCUCUGAGAAGUUGGUCCAGGCUUAUCUUGAGAUGGGAGCUCAGCCAACGUUCACAUGUGCGCCCUAUCUCUUAGAUACCGCGCCAAAGCCCGGUGACAAUAUCAUGUGGGCCGAGUCUAAUGCGGUGGUGUUUGCCAACAGCGUUCUCGGAGCGAGGACGAUAAAGUGUCCAGACUACCUAGACGUCUGCGUUGCCUUGACAGGACGGUCGUUGAAUACUGGGUGCCACUUGACGGAGAACCGCAAGGCUCGGAUUGAGAUUUCCUUGAAUCUUGCCGUCGACGCUGAUGAUUCUUUAUUUUCACUUCUGGGAUACCUUGCGGGGGACAUUGCUGCUGAUUCCGUACCGAUCAUCACGGGCUUAGAAAAGAAGCUUGUUACCACAGAGGACCUCAAAGCGUUUGGCGCGGCAUUUGCGACAACCUCCAGUGCUCCAAUGUUCCAUAUUGCGGGGGUCACCAUAGAAGCCCGAAGUGCAGGGGAUAUCGAGGCUCAUCUGAAAGACACAACGAAACUCACAUUAUCGCGAUCUGAUCUGGCAAAGCAAUGGGCGCGGUUCAACGUCUUUGCAGAGGGAGAGGAUUACACUAUGAUUGACCUGGUCUCCCUCGGAAACCCACACUUCUCAUAUGAGGAGCUCGUGAAGUUGGAGCACCUUUGCUCACAAGGUGAGAAGAGCAAGAACGCGGUCCUGGUAGUCACCUGUAAUCGCGACACCUACGGUCGAGCCGCAAAAGAUGGAUUGAUCACUGCACUGGAUGCAUUUGGAGCGCAAAUUGUGACCGAUACCUGUUGGUGCAUGAUGCAGGAACCGAUCAUCCCAUUGAGUUCUAAGACAAUAAUGACCAACUCUGCAAAGUAUGCUCAUUAUGGGAAAGGACUGACGGGCCGGCAGAUUCGGUUCGGGGGGCUGGCAGAGUGUGUGGAGGCUGCCUGCUCGGGACGGAUCGUGAACACGAUGCCUUCGUGGCUUGUAGACAUAGAUGAUGUAAAGGAGUCUAUAGAAUAGAAACAAACGGUGG